AUGUAUCGUGUGUUAAUUUUUUUAGUUUUGACAGCCCAUGUUUUCGGUGUCACCCCCGAACCCGAUACUAGGGAGAGUGCACGAGAAGAGAAAUUAAGAAGCGCUCUGAUAGACGCUUUCCAGAAUAUAAAAAAAGCGUCCGGCAAAGGUGGCCUGGAUGAUGACCUAGCGUCGGACCUCAUCGGCUCCAGGAUCGCCGUGCCUCAUAUGAGCAAGACGGAAAAAACGACGGCUGAUAGCUUUGAUUUGUUCGCUGAUGACGAUGGCCUCACGUUCUCUGAGGUCUUCGGAGAUGUCGAGACCGAGAAGAGAGUGUCGACUACGGAGAAGUCACACAACGUGCAACAUAUAGUUAAAACGACGAAACCAAUGGAAAUAACGACGAUCAAACCGAACGCCGUGGUCAAAACUACAGUCCCCGUGCGACAUGUGGUAGAGACAAUCGAACCAAAAAUACAAACUGCCGAGCUAAAUGAAACAGUGAUGAUGGGCCUCGAGAGCAUGUUGCGAAUUUUGGAUAGCGAAAUUCUGAUGCAGCAGUGGGAUAAACUCAAACAUUCGGUAACAGGAGACUGUAGGAAGAAUUUACAGGAGUACGUUCAAGGACUACACGAAAGACGGCUCUGGGCUUUGAAAAUGGAGGACUCGAGCGGCAGAUACACGUCGAUGUUCUACUGGGGUAACAACUACUGGACCGGCUCGGCCGAGCUGUGCAGCAUCCUCAACCAACAUCACACCACGCAUCACUCACACACACAGAAUAGCAGUGGAUCUCAGAUCUUCAGCGAGUGGCGUCAAGAUGUGUCAGUGACGGGAGACGGGCCUCCCUUCAGCACAGCCUUCUACAACGUGAGGAUGACCGUCUCCACGGAUGUGACCGAGAUCAUUAAGACUAAACGUACUCUCCACCUGGGUCUCUGCUUACCCAGUACCUGUUCCCGUGAGCAAGUAGGACACCUCGUGGACAAUGUCCGGGCUCCGCUGUUACGUCACAAGGUGGUGGCCGUGCGGUCUCCUCAGCUGGGAGGAUACUCCUACAUAGAAGACCCCACCUUCCAGAUACUACUUGGCGUGUCGUGCGUGGUGGGCGCGCUGCUGAUAGCGGCCACGGCGUACGACAUGAAGAUAGCGAGCGACGUGCGCGCGCGCAGGAGACGCGUACACAACAUGGCCGCCGCUGAGAGCGGGCACGCAGACCUACGGCUUAACAUGAACGGGUUGGACGCCAUCACUGUGUCUAAAGGCAAGUCUAUGUACAACGUGAACAACAACAUCGCCAUCAACACCAACACUUCCGAGGAGCGCCUCACGGCCGAGACCGCCUCCACUGAUGAAGAACUUAAACUCAGUAUCUGGUCGGAGCUGCUCCUCUCCUUCUCCAUGAAGGCCAACAUCCUCCAGAUCUUCGACCAGAGCGUGGGCUCGGACACGGUGCCCGUGGUGCACGGACUCAGGACCUUCUCCAUGCUGUGGAUCAUAUUCGGACACACGUGCAUCGUGGUCUUUAAGUACGCAGACAACACCGCUUUACGAGCCGUCCUGGAGAAGAGUUUCUGGUUCCAACUCAUCCUGAGCGCUGUAUACAGCGUCGACACGUUCUUCUGUCUCGGCGGUCUCCUGUUCUCAUUCCUGUACUUCCGUACUAACGCUAAAGGUAAGCUGGAGCGGCUCACGAAGGGCCGGCCCAAGAUCACCGCCGGACUGUUCCAGUUCCUUGGACUUAUUGGUUAUAGAUUUGCGAGACUGACGGCGCCGUACCUGUUCAUGCUGGGCGUGGUGGAGGUGACCAUGAAGUGGUUCGCUCACAACGCGGUGUUCGAGCCGCCCGCCCACGACCACGAGACCUGCCCCCACUACUGGUGGCGGAACGUGCUCUACAUCAACACGCUCUUCCCGGUCGAACAAAUGUGCAUGUUGUGGAGCUGGUAUCUAUCUGACGACACUCAGUUCUACGCCGUCAGCGCCAUCCUCCUUAUUUUAGCGACCAGUCACUUCAAGGUGUCAGCGAUCGUGACGGGCGUGUUCUUCGUGUCGUCUCUGUUCACGACGGGCUACGUGUCAUACAGCAGCCAGCACGUGCCCAACGGAGAGGACCCCUUCACACAGUUUGAUAAGAUCUACGACAAGCCCUGGACGAGGCUGGGACCGUACCUCGUGGGCAUCGCCACGGGCUGGAUACUGUUUAAGACUAACUUGAAGAUUAAUAUGAGCAGGGUAUGGUGGUGCGUGGGGUGGGUUGUGUGCGCGGGCGUGUUGUUGUCGCUGGUGUUCGGUCUGCACGGCGCCCGGCUGGCCGGUGUGACGGCGGCCGUGUUCAGCGCGCUCUCACACUCGCUGUGGGCCGCCUGUAUCAGCUGGGUCAUUAUAGCUUGCUCCACUGGGCACGGAGGUUGGGUCCGUCCUCUCCUCUCGUCUCCCCUCUUGUACCCCUUCUCGCGCGUCACGUACUGCACCUACCUGGUGCACCCGGUGGUGCUCCGCUACGUGGCCAUGCAUCUCACACACCCCAUACAUCUGGGAGAACUGCUCGUGUUCGUGUUGUUCCUGGGUCUGGCUGUCAUAUCUUUCUUCCUGGCGUUCGUCAUCUCCGUGGCCUUCGAGGCCCCUAUCGUGACGAUGCUGAAGAUCAUCUCUCCCCAGAAGAAGCCCCACCGCGUGUAG